UUUUUUGACUUUUUACGAAAAAAUAUCUAGAAAAAUAGAAAAGUAAUAUGACUCAAAAAAGAUAAAAAGAUGAAAAAAAAAAUGUGCUAAUAUUUAACAUGCCAAACAAGCUCUUAAUGAGAUGCAUCAUUAUCUUUUUAAAUAUAAUGGAUGCUCUAUGUAUAUAUGACAUUUGUUCUAUGAAUUUGUAUGAGAGAUGAAAAAAAUGGUGAAUUUUGUCAGGUGACAUGCAUAAAUCUUUUAUAAAUUUUCAACAAUAUUAUGCAUUCAGAAAAAAGUAUAUCCAAAAUUAAAAUAUAUGGAUUAUAUUUAUUCUGGUGUAUUUUGUAGGUGAAUGAUUUUCCACAAACAGACCCCAAAACAAACCAAACCCCUACCAGAACAUCAAACCAGAAUCAUGAACUUCAUGCUUUUGAACAAACCCUAUACAACUCCGAUCGCAAUCUGUUUCUCGUAUGAAAUGAUAAAACCAUAACUCCCUUUGAGCAUUAUUUUGUUUUAGUACAUUAAAAAAUGCAAAGCAGUUGUGUAUAUAUUGAGCACAUCCUAUGCUUGUCUUCAUUGCAAGGAAACAGAGCCUCUGUUCUUCAACUUCCUUUGCAGUAAGAGAGAGACGUUUGAGAAGUCCAGAGAGAUACCAUGCAAGGAGGUUUGAAGAAGGCCAGCCCAGGCAAGGCUACAAUUUUAGGUCUUGGAAAGGCCUUCCCUCACCAGCUUGUUAUGCAAGAGUUUCUAGUUGAUGGGUACUUCAAAAACACCAACUGUGAUGAUCCAGACCUCAAGCAGAAACUCACUCGACUCUGCAAGACAACAACAGUGAAAACAAGGUAUGUGGUCAUGUCAGAAGAGAUCCUAAAAAAGUACCCGGAGCUCGCCACUGAAGGCCUCCCCACAGUAACACAAAGGUUAGACAUUUGCAACAAAGCUGUCACACAAAUGGCCAUUGAAGCUUCCCAAUCUUGCAUCAAGAAAUGGGGCAGGCCUAUUUCGGGUAUUACCCACCUGGUUUAUGUUUCCUCAAGCGAAGCACGCCUCCCUGGUGGUGACCUUUACCUGGCAAGAGGCCUUGGGCUCAGCCCAGAGACUCACCGAGUCAUGCUCUACUUCAUGGGCUGCUCUGGAGGCGUGGCAGGCUUACGCGUUGCCAAAGACAUUGCUGAGAACAACCCUGGAAGCCGAGUCCUCCUUGCAACUUCAGAAACUACUAUAAUUGGGUUCAGACCACCAAAUCCUGAUAGGCCUUAUGAUCUAGUUGGGGCUGCACUUUUUGGGGAUGGGGCUGGAGCAAUAGUAAUUGGUUCAGACCCAAUUCCUAGCAUUGAAAGGCCUCUCUUUGAGCUACAUACUUCUAUCCAGCAUUUCUUGCCAGAUACUGAGAAGAUCAUUGAUGGACGCCUCACAGAAGAGGGGAUAAACUUUAAAUUGUCAAGAGAGCUGCCUCAGAUAAUUGAGGAUAACAUUGAAGGGUUUUGUGGGAAAUUAAUGGAGAUUGUUGGGUACAGUGAAAAAGAUUAUAAUAAGAUGUUUUGGGCAGUACAUCCGGGUGGGCCUGCGAUUCUGAACCGCCUGGAAAAGAGGUUGGAUUUGGAGCCUGAGAAGCUUGGAGCUAGUAGGCGUGCUCUGGCGGAUUAUGGAAAUGCUAGCAGUAAUACUAUUGUGUAUGUGUUGGAGUAUAUGGUGGAAGAGAACUUGAAAAUGAAGAAAGAAAAUCAAGAAAACAGCGAUGAGUGGGGUUUGAUACUGGCUUUUGGACCCGGGAUCACCUUUGAGGGCAUUCUUGCACGAAACCUAGCUGUCUGAGAAUUAUGUCGCGUCUUACAUGUCACUGUCAUUUCUUCUCUAAUAUCAUCCAUUCUCAUACUCGCUUUAUUUAAACUGAUGUGUUUGUAAUUUGAAUGUUCAAUCUUUUUAUCAUUCCCUAAUAGAGUCUAUAAUUGAACCUCCAAAUGUUAAGUUUAUAAUUUGACUAUGUAUGCAUCUCCGGAUUCAUAAAGUCAGUUCUUUGAAGUUGUGUUGACUCUC